UCCAUAUAUUUUCUGCAGUUGUUCUUAUUUUAAUCUCAAUAAGGAAGCUGGAGGAAGGAAUUUCUGAAUUCUGUGCCCAGCCUUCAGCCUUACUAUAACCUCCAAGGGCAGCACUGAGAGCACUGGGGGCCUGGGUGGCAGGGAAGAAUGCACCGGGACCGCCCUUGAAUGUUCUUCAAAUUCCCUUCCUGCCUGGCUGGCUGGCAGCUCAGAGAGAUGGGGUUGCAGAGACUUUGAGUUCCCAGGGUAGGCAAUGGCAUUGCAUCCUGGGCGAUGACAAGGGGAGCUGGAAGGGCACACCUUGUCCGCGGGGCGGCGAGGGGGGUGCGCGCGACGGGUAGGUGGCCAGCAGCCGUUGGGGCCGGAAGCUGUUUCCCAGGGGAGAACCCGCUGCUCCCGCCUCACUGGUUCCGACCUGCGGGGCCAGCCUGACACAGCCAGGCCCUAAGGACCCACCAUGGAGCCUGAAAAACAGGCACCUGUAUCCAGCGUCUCUGAGGCACCUCCGGCAGCAGAUCCCAAAGGCGCGGUUCCGCCGCAAGUGAGCAUCGCACAGCCAAAGAAAGCUGCCCAAAGCGGACGCCCAAAGCCCUCUGCAGGUUUGGCCAAAGACUCAAAGCCGGGCAAGAUCAAAAAGAGUGCUAAAGACGAGAAGAGCAAAAAGCGUGCUGAGGAGGAGGCGAUCAAAAAACGUGCUGAGGAGGAGGUCAAAAAGUAUGCUGAGGAGGAGGAGGUCAAAAAGCGUGCUGAGGGCCGGGCCAAAGUCCCUGAGAGAUUCAGGGACAGCCUCAAACGGUUUUUCUUCUCACCCACUGGAAUGUUGAAGAUCCUGAGAAUGGGGUUUACCAUAGGAGCAUUAACCUGUUUCAUCAUCAGUGAAGCCAAUGACUCAUAUAUCGCAAUCACAGUUUUGGAAGUCUGCGUCGUCAUUUUUUUUAUUAUAACAUAUAUGCUAACCCUUCAGCACUUGCUGAUUUAUUUAGAUUGGCCCUUACUUGAUCUUAUCAACAGUAUAAUUUCAGCUGUGUUCCUUGUAGUAGUUGCCAUCUUGACUGUGCAAGAGAAGGACAGAAGGCAUUUAUUCUAUGUUGGAGGGUCCCUGUGUCUCACAGCGGCAAUCACGUGUAUCAUCGAUUCGAUCAUGGUCACCAAGUGGAUGAGGAAUAACGUGAAAAAAGUCCUGGGAAUCAAAAAGGAAACCAAGACCGUCCCUGGCCCGGUGCCCGUGGCGCCCAAAUGACAUCCGCGCCGAAGCCAGCCCCGGCACCCUCGCGGAUAAGCGUGCCUGUGUCAAAUCACUCCCUCCGCGCCCACCCUGAGCUCACAUGCUGUCACCCAUUCCAGCCUACAUGUGACCAUAAAAUCAGGGCUGCUAAGUCGGGAACA